CGGUGCUGAGGCCCUGGUAGCUGAGAGUUCCGGUCGGCUUCUUCUGAAACCAUGGCUUUUCCUGCAGGAUUUGGAUGGGGGGCAGCCACGGCAGCUUAUCAAGUAGAAGGAGGCUGGGAUGCAGAUGGAAAAGGCCCUUGUGUCUGGGACACAUUUACCCAUCAGGGAGGAGAGAGAGUUUUCAAGAACCAGACUGGCGAUGUAGCUUGUGGCAGCUACACUCUGUGGGAGGAAGAUUUGAAAUGUAUCAAACAGCUUGGAUUGACUCAUUACCGCUUCUCUCUUUCCUGGUCACGUCUGUUACCUGAUGGGACGACAGGUUUCAUCAACCAGAAAGGAAUUGACUAUUACAACAAGAUCAUUGAUGAUUUGUUAAGAAAUGGGGUUACGCCCAUAGUGACACUCUACCACUUUGAUUUGCCUCAGGCUUUAGAAGACCAAGGAGGUUGGUUGUCAGAGGCAAUCAUUGAACAAUUUGACAAAUAUGCUCAGUUUUGCUUCAGUACCUUCGGGGAUCGAGUCAAGCAGUGGAUCACCAUAAAUGAGCCUAAUAUCCUUUCCCUGAUGGCAUAUGAGCUAGGUAAAUUUCCUCCUGGUAUACCUCACAUUGGGACUGGAGGUUAUCAGGCAGCUCAUAAUAUGAUUAAGGCCCAUGCCAGAUCCUGGCACAGCUAUGAUUCUUUAUUCCGAAAACAGCAGAAGGGUAUGGUGACCCUAGCAAUUUUUGCUAGCUGGUUGGAACCAGCAGAUCCCAACUCAGUGUCUGACCAAGAAGCUGCUAAAAGAGCCAUCACUUUCCAUUUUGAUUUCUUUGCUAAACCCAUAUUUAUUGAUGGUGAUUAUCCGGAAGUUGUCAAGUCCCAGAUUGCCUCCAUGAGUAAAAAGCAAGGCUAUCCAUCAUCAAGGCUUCCAGAAUUUACAGAAGAAGAGAAGAAAAUGAUCAAAGGCACUGCUGAUUUCUUUGCUAUGCAGUAUUACACUUCUCGCUUAGCCAAGUACCAGGAGAACAAGAAAGGAGAACUGGGUUUUCUCCAGGAUGCGGAGAUUGAAUUUUUUCCAGAUCCGUCUUGGGAAAAUGUAGAUUGGAUCUAUGUGGUACCAUGGGGAAUACGUAAAGUACUGAAAUAUAUUAAGGAUACGUAUAAUAACCCUAUAAUUUACAUCACGGAGAAUGGGUUUCCCCAGAGUGACCCCACGUCUCUUGAUGACACUCAUCGCUGGGAGAAUUUCAGACAGACAUUUCAGGAACUAUUCAAAGCUAUCCAACUUGAUAAAGUCAAUCUUCAAGUGUAUUGUGCAUGGUCUCUUCUGGAUAACUUUGAGUGGAACCAAGGAUACAGCAGCCGGUUUGGUCUCUUCCACGUUGAUUUUGAAAACCCAGCAAGACCCCGAGUCCCUUAUACGUCAGCCAAGGAGUAUGCCAAGAUCAUCAAAAAUAACGGCCUAGAAGGGCAUCCAUAGAAAAGAUGGCAAAGAAAUACUAUCUGGAGAAGAGGCCUCUGCUUUUGGGAGGAAAAAAAUCUGCUUCGGUGAUGAUCUCUCAGGAAAACGCAGUUGCUUCUGUAAUUAACAGCUUGUACCAAUGGAUCUGUGAUUGAUUAUGAAGUCUGAAUAUGUAAUGCCUGGUGAUGUAUUUAAUAAUGGUCUUUAUUUGUAUUUGGAUCAAUGAACUUUUAAAAAAAGUAGAAGAGAAAAACCACUAAAAUUUAUUUUUGUAUUAAAAAAUCAGACUUAGAAGCAAAUUUAAAUCCUUAGAAAUUUUCCUUGACAAAAACAAUGCAAAAUUAUUUAUAAAGAUAAUAUGCUCACGAUUUGCAAAUGUAACAAAUCACUUGUUA